GUAGCAUUUGAUUUCCCCAAGUUAGUUGUCCACCACCAGGUGUACUGGGUUUACCAAGUAUAAGGGUUUUGUUGUGUAAAGCAGAAAACAUCCCAUGCUCAACAAACAAAAAGUAAUUGUUUAUCCACAUGUUGUUAGGCUCUUUACAACCCCUAGGCAGGUUUAUCUUUACUAUAUAAUAUAUAAAUUACUAGUACAAUACAUUUGGUUGUGGAUAUUUUGGCUGGAUAUCCUAUCAUCAUGCAGGCUUGGGUGGCAAUAUACGGUGCCUCCUAAGAGUAUCGGUGCAUUUCCCCAUACAGUCCUUUUCCGAUAUCAGUGACACUAUACACUGUAUAAAAUGUAAUAGUGGUUAGUGUGGACAAAAGGGGCAUACAGCUGUUACCACAGGCUAAAGGAGAAAGGUAGUUUGGUCAGACAACAAAUAUCUUUGCGCGCAACCUUCCGUCAAUAACUAUUUCUAUCUGUGGUACUUCCACAUACUGAACCAAGUCUGCCUUUUCUGUUUGUAAGUUUGUUAAUCUAAAUGGGAAAGAUGGUGGGUAUUUUAUCCUGAAUACAAUGUACCAGCUGUCAGGAACAACAGGUGAAAUUCGUUUGGUAAGCGUUUGAGUUUUAAAAUUGGAAUGGAUUAUUAUAUCACGACUUGAAAAAUGACUAAUCUUCAUAACAUUGGCCUUUUGAAUUCUAAAAAUCAGAAAAUGUUCACUCUCCGUCCCACUUUAUGAUAUCAGCUGAUUUACAGUGACUGCAUAUUCUUCAGAGACUAAACGACAGGUGAAAUCGAAAAUGACACAGGUAACUAACAGUAUACCAAUGAAAUUCUUAGUACAGGUGUAAAAACAUUAAGCACCAUAAAAAUACGAAAAUAAAAUGAAUAAAUCUGUUUUUAUUUGAAUAUGGUCUCCAACUAGAUACUCAUCACAUUUGUAACACCAAUCCACAAACAUUAAAAUGUUACCUACUAACGAAUUUGUAUUACUCUUAUAACGGCAAUUAUUUUUUACAUUUUAACUAAGCUUUAGAACUGGUGAACGUGAGCAUGUCCUCGAUUUAGUAAAUACUUUAGCUUCACGGAAUAAAGGCAAACAGAACGAAUGGCAAGGAGAAAACCCAAUACGGUAAGCAUAUCAGAUUGUAACUUUUUUUUGGCUAUUUAUAACAUUACUCCAGCCUUAGUAACUCGGGUGUCUCACUUUUUAAAGCCCAUAAGCAGCAAUCUUUAGCUACGCAAAGCACGCUGCCCCAGCUCCGCCGUUUGCGGUAGUGUGUAAACACCAGCAGCUCUCUCGCUCCUCCUCUCCACCUCUCCUCCCCCAGUUCCCUCCACUCCCUCUCCCAAAGAGCCUGAAUGAUAAACUCCGGGACAGAAAAUGGCGGCGGCGGGGAGCCGGACCUCGUCGUCGGGAAUAGCAGAGUUAAAUAACGGCAGUGGCGUCGGCAGUCCUUCUCAGGGCACCUCCAGCACGGCUGGUCUUCCGAGCAGCCUCGGGCCGGCGAAGAGCGGCUGCGGCGGGGAAAACCCUCAGUGGAGACGCAGGGAGCUGCGGAAAGUGAGGAGUGUAGAUCUGGACAAGCCCGAGUCGCUGCUGCUGUCUCCCGAGACCGGGACUGCUCCGAUAUCGGCGCAGCUGCACUUCUUGUCGAUUUCUACUCCCGGUGGGAUCCAGGCGACCCUCCUGCAACCCAGCCAGCCGGCUCCGCAGAGCAACUCGCUGCACAGCCGCCCCGUGUCGGACAGCUCGGGUCACGCCGGCGGCUUGUGCGCUGCCGCCGCUCUGGAAUUGCUGAGCAUCUCCACUCGUGGGAGCUGCGGCAACCACAAUGCAGACUGUGGUGCCACGGGGGCUUCACUGGACAUGAUCUCUUCACCACAUAGCCGUGACAUGGAGAAUAAGGAUACCCCCAGGGGCCUGCAGAAGAUGGACGACCGCCCGGAAGAGCGGAUGAUCCGGGAGAAGCUGAAGGCCACGUGCAUGCCGGCCUGGAAGCACGAGUGGCUGGAGAGGCGAAGCAGGAGAGGGCCAGUGGUCGUAAAACCCGUUCCGCUGAGGCCGGACGGCAGUGAGGCUGGCAAGCAGGGCUCAGACGUCCUGAGCGAGUCGCAGGCCGCCGCGUCCCUGCAGGCCAGGGGCAGACGAAGCCCCUCUCCCAGCUCCUCCUCCUCUUCCUCCUCCUGCAAGACCGGCUUCAAGUCGGAGUCUCCUGGCGUGCGCAGGAAGAGGGUGUCUCCAGUACCUUUCCAGAGUGGGCGCGUCACCCCACCCAGGAGGGCUCCCUCUCCAGACGGCUUCUCUCCCUACAGUCCCGAGGAGACAACCCGCAGAGUCAACAAAGUCAUGAGGGCACGACUGUACCUGCUGCAGCAGAUCGGACCCAAUUCCUUCCUCAUUGGCGGAGACAGCCCUGACAACAAAUACAGGGUGUUUAUUGGUCCUCAGACCUGCAGCUGUGGCCGAGGGACGUUCUGUAUCCACGUCCUCUUCGUGAUGCUGAGGGUGUUCCAGCUCGAGCCCUCCGACCCCAUGCUGUGGAGAAAAACUCUGAAAAACUUUGAGGUGGAGAGCUUAUUUCAGAAGUAUCACAAUCGGCGUAGCUCACGAAUCAAAGCUCCCUCUCGCAAUACAAUCCAGAAGUUUGUGUCCCGUAUGUCCAAUUCUCACACGUCUUCCUCGUCCAGUAAUUCAACAUCAAGCAAUGAGAACAGCAUGAAGGAUGAAGAAGAGCAGAUGUGUCCUAUAUGUUUGCUGGACAUGCUAGAUGAAGAGAGUUUAACAGUCUGUGAAGAAGGGUGCAGGAACAAGCUUCAUCAUCACUGCAUGUCUAUCUGGGCUGAAGAAUGUAGACGGAACCGUGAAACAUUGAUCUGUCCCCUUUGCAGAGCCAAGUGGAAAUCACAUGAUUUUUACAGCCAUGAUUCAUCCAGCACUCUGGACAGUGCUGCACUUCGACAGGGUCACAAUCAGUCUCUUCAACACCAGCACUCGCCUCACACUGAUGCCCAGAGGAGAGUGCAGGAGAGUGACUUCAACUUGCCUCACUAUGGCGUGCAGCAGAUUCCCCUAACAUACAAAGAGCUGGCAGAGCCCUGGAUUAAGGUGUUUGGAAUGGAACUGGUCGGCUGCCUGUUCUCCAGGAACUGGAACAUCCGGGAGAUGGCCCUCCGGCGGCUGUCCCACGACGUCAGUGGCGCGCUGCUGCUGGCCAACGGCGAGCGCACAGCCACCUCCAGCUCUGCCGCUGGGAGCGGCCAGGGGGCAGCCGCCGCCCACACAGCGGCCGGCGCCUCUCCGGGCGAAGUCUCCGGGGACGUGGUGGUGGAGUCGUGCUGCUCGGUGCUCUCCAUGGUGUGUGCCGACCCAGUCUACAAAGUCUAUGUCGCUGCACUGAAAACGUUAAGAGCCAUGCUGGUUUAUACUCCCUGCCACACACUGUCAGAGAGAAGCCGACUGCAGCAGCUCCUCAGGCCUGUGGUGGAAACCAUACUGGUGAAAUGUGCAGAUGCUAACAGUCGCACAAGUCAGCUGUCAGUUUCCACACUGUUAGAGCUGUGUAAAGGUCAGGUUGGAGAACUGGCAGUUGGCAGAGAAAUCCUCAAAGCAGGAUCCAUAGGUAUUGGAGGCGUGGACUAUGUCUUAAACUGUAUCCUGGGGUCCCAGACUGAAGCAAACAAUUGGCAGGCACUACUGGGACGCCUCUGCCUGAUUGACAGGCUUUUACUGGAAUUUCCUGCUGAAUUUUAUCCCCAUAUUGUUUCCAAUGGGGAGAGUCAACAGUCAGAGACACUCGUGGAAAGAUAUCAGAAGUUGUUAUCUCUCCUGAGUUUUGCACUGCAGUCCAUUGACAAUUCCCACUCUAUGGUCGGCAAGCUGUCCCGGAGGGUUUUCCUGAGUGCGGCAAGAAUGGUCGCCAGGGUGCCUCACGUGUUUGUGAAACUCUUGGACAUGCUGAGUGUCACCAGCUCCACGCACUAUGCACGCAUGAGGCGGCGCUUGAUGGCCAUAGCGGAAGAGAUGGACAUCAUAGAAGCCAUUCAGUUGGGCAUGGAAGAUGUUCCCACUGGAGAGGGACGACACAAUGAAUUUGUAGAGCCUGCAGCCCCCCAAAACUCGCCAAAUGUCACAGAAAACAAUACCCCCGCUCACACAGUGCAGUUGUGUGGGAGGAGUCCCAGAGGCCUGGCCGACCUCAAACCUGGAAUCAGUCCAGAGGACAUCACAGAACGGCUGGCUGGGAUUUCUGUGGGGCUUCCAGGGCCAAGUGCCACCGCUGAGCAGCCAAAGGCUCCAAUUCAGGCAAAGACCAGGCCUCUAAGUCAGUGUCUGAACUCCCCCUCAUCAAAUCAGUCCCCAAGUCCAUUCCCAACUCUUCCCUCUCCCUCUGCCUCUCACCCUCCACCGUUCCCUGUAAAUGAGAACUGUAAGGUAAGACCUCAGGGCUUCGUCCAGGGCAAACUGGCCUCAGCGUCCCCCGGCUCCCAGCGCAAGUUUCUCCAAGUCCAGAAGGGCACACAAGCACACAGAGAACCUGAAAAACUGUCCCCCAUUUUCACCCAGGCAAGGCCCCUGCCUACCACCCAGAUCCAUAGACCAAAACCCUCCCGCCCCUCCCCAGGCGAUGGAGGGAAGCAGCUCUGUGAAGCUGCGAAAAGCAGCCUGAAGCUAGACCUGAAAGACGCCUUGCAAGGUGAGAGCAGCGGCGCACUGAUCCCCAGCGAGGACACGGUCUUCACCCCCGUGGAGGACAAGUACCUCCGCCUAGACACCUCGGCAGAGCUCAACUCCAGUAUGGAGGACCUGCUGGAGGCCUCCAUCACCCCCAGUGACAGCACGGUCACCUUCAGGUCCGAGGUGGCAGUGCUGUCCCCCGAGCGGGCCGGCACUGACGAUGCCUACGCCGACGACAUGGACCAGAACCAGAAGUGCAAGGAGAAGAUGGAGGCCGAGGAAGAGGAGGCUCUGGCCAUCGUUAUGGCCAUGUCGGCAUCCCAGGACGCAUUACCCACAAUUCCACAGCUCCAGGUUGACAAAGGAGAGGAUGUUAUCAUUAUCCAGGUGGACACCCCAGAGACUCUGCCUGGACAUACCAAAGCAAAGUACCCCUACAGAGAGGGGGUAGAAUGGCUCAAAGGGCAGCAGAUCGGCCUUGGAGCAUUCUCAUCUUGUUACCAGGCUCAAGAUGUGGGGACUGGCACACUGAUGGCCGUCAAACAGGUGACCUAUGUCCGGAACACAUCCUCGGAGCAGGAAGAGGUUGUAGAAGCUUUAAGAGAAGAGAUCCGGAUGAUGAGCCACCUCGAUCACCCCAACAUCAUUCGCAUGCUUGGCGCCACCUGCGAGAAGAACAACUACAACCUGUUUGUGGAGUGGAUGGCAGGUGGCUCAGUUUCUCAUUUACUGAACAAGUAUGGCGCCUUCAAGGAACCGGUGAUAAUCAACUACACAGAGCAGCUGCUGCGUGGCCUCGCUUACCUGCACGAGAACCAGAUUAUUCACAGAGACAUCAAAGGUGCCAACCUGCUGAUUGACAGCACAGGGCAGAGGCUACGGAUAGCUGACUUUGGAGCUGCUGCCAGGCUGGCAUCAAAGGGCACUGGAGCGGGGGAGUUUCAGGGCCAGCUGCUAGGAACAAUUGCCUUUAUGGCUCCAGAGGUGCUGCGGGGCCAGCAGUACGGCCGGAGCUGCGACGUGUGGAGCGUUGGCUGCGCCAUCAUAGAGAUGUCCUGCGCGAAGCCUCCCUGGAACGCCGAGAAGCACUCAAACCACCUGGCCCUGAUUUUCAAGAUUGCCAGCGCCACGUGUGCGCCGACGAUUCCAGCCCACCUGACCCCGGGGCUGCGGGACGUGACCCUGCGGUGUCUGGAGCUGCAGCCGGCAGACCGGCCUCCCUCGCGGGAGCUGCUCAAGCACCCCGUCUUCCGCCUCAGCUGGUAGAGGGACGGGCCCAGGCGAAGAGCAGCCUCCGCGCCAAAAUACUACUGAAGGCAAGGAAUGCCAGACUGUGGCCUUGGGGUGCUUCCAAGCGCCGUAUGAGCCUUAAAAUCAGCGAUGGAUGCGGGGGCCCCAACGGGCCCCUUGCGUGACGGCCAGAAACUGCUGUAACUUAGCUCGAAUAAGCUGCGAGACCUGUUCGAGAGAGACUUUUAGGAGGGUGACAUUGGUCUUUGCUGACCAGCGUUUAUCUUAGGCCGAAGCCUUUUUUGUAAUCAAAAGAAAAUACAUUCUGUAAGGGCAAUUCCUUGGCAAACCUUUUUAGUUUAGAGCACUUUUGCAGCCAUAUUAAUAAAUCUGAGGUCUAAAUCUUUCAAAUGUUGAACCCUGAUCGAGAACGUUUGCAUACAUUUGACAUUGGAAUAUAGUGCUUGCAGAACAUUGUUCAGACGUGUAGGGUAUAAUGUUCUUUCGUACAGUUCAGAGUACAUCACUGUCCAUCCUUUUAUUUGUUGCAUUUUUAGGAAAUAAGGCCUUAAAUGGUUCUUUUUAGUGUUAAAAUCAUCUGGUUUUAUGUAUACCACUUAUUUUAAAUGUGAUCAUAUACAUAGUCGAGUUGUGCGUUUUACUGUUUUGGCUAUUACACCUGGUUUUGUAAAUGGAAUUUUUUCAGGGAUGGGGUAUUCUGAGAUACGUGCUCUUUAAGAAUGCUGAAUGUGAAAGACAAAGUUUCAAAGAUGUUCUUUACUGUCUGGAGGUUUAUAUAGAACAAAUCCCUUUUUUUGUAUGUAUGAAUACAUAAUAUAAAAAAUGCAUUUAUACUUUUGAGUGUUACUUGGAUCCUGUUUAUCAAAGCUAGCCUUUGAACUUGAGACCGUUUUAUGUAAUUUGGAGUUUGAGGCUAGGAUUUUUAAGUCAGGUUGCAGUAAUCAUCCUGCUGUUUUUAUAGAUCUCACUGUUACAUUUGAGCCUUGUCGAGUUAACAAUUGACUUAUUUAGAUGUCAUUUUAAACGUUUAUGAAAGCAAUCUUUAACAUAAUAGUUUAAAUCAGAUACUCUUCCUACUGUUAAAAUACAUGUCAUUUUACUUUGGUGCUGUUUCUCCUGAGUAUACUACUACUUUAGUUUAAUGUUGAUUGCUAUUGACCAUUUCACACCCUUUAAGAAACAUCAGCCCAAUGUGUUUAGAAAUAGUUCAGUAUUUCACCAAAACAUUGUUCAUAUAGUGUGGUUUCAGUGCUUCGCUGAAAACAAUGCCACAUUAUUGGGGAAAAAAAAACUUUUUGGCAAAGAAAUUGCUGGGUACAGUAUUUGAAGUAAAUUACAAUACUUUUUUGACAUCUUUUCAUUGACAUUUUUUAGCAUACAUUGCUAGGAUAUAGAGCAUGUUCCUAAAUCAUUUUGUCUAAAGUUUAACUCUUCAAGUAUUGUUCUAAUUGUAAUCUGUUUAGGGAAAAAAUCUAAUGGUGCUUGAUCGGUUUUCAUUGAGAACACAAAAGUGAGUACUUCAUUGGUUUUGUUUUUGGAACCUCUAGUGAAAUUAAGGGGGCAAUAAUAUAUUUUAUAUAAUUGAAAAGCAAAGUCACAAUUUUCUAUAGAAAAUUGAAAGUUUUAUGCAAAUUUCUAUUUCUGUAUGUUGAGAACAAGCUGACAAAGCUUGAAGAGUUAAAAUGUAAAUGUGAAGUUUGGUAGCUAAACUUAUUGUACUUGACCUGUUCUUUUGUACAACUAUUUUCAAAAUACUGAAGUUUUUGUUUUUUUUUUUUUUGCUUUGGGUAAUCGUUUUAUCUUAAAAUCUUUCUGUAUGAGCUUUAAAUUUAUGCACUCUCGCCAUUUUUAUAUACUGGAAAAAUGUUAUUUCUGGCAGAUUCUUAAAACUGAUGAACCUCAGCUAAUCAGUAUUACUUCAUUUUUAUGCCUGUGAUUAUUUUAAAUCAUGUUGCCUUUGACUUCUCUUUGUGUCUGCUUGUUUCCCUCAAUUUGCUGGUCUAUGUGAUAUUUUUUUUAUUUUCAAUGAAGAUGCGAUGUGAUCUUAUUUGCUUUUUGGAUCGGAGCUGGACUGAAAUUUUCAUGUAUAAUUAUUAUUUGUGCUGUUUCUGUAUUACUUGGUACUUUCUUUAUUUGUAAAUAACGUCUAUUGCUGUUUUAUUCCAGUCUCUACUACCUCAGGUGUCCUAUAGAUUUUCUUCUACCAAAGUUCACUUUCACAAUAUAUAUGCUAUGUGACUAUUUUUCUGAAGAUUUCCAGGGCUUAAGGGCUAACGUCUAUUAGCACCUUACUGUGCAAGCAAGAAAUCUCUGGGUUAAGAAAAAAAUUGGCUUAAAUGUAUCCUUUGUAAUUUUAAGUAUAUCAAGAUAUUUUAAUUAUUAUGAAGUUUUUACCCCAUUUGAAGCAUUUUAUAGCAUAAUUUGAACUUUAUUUUGGUGUAUGUCUUUAUAGUAAAUAAAAGAUUUUGGACAAAC